AUGGGCCGGGGAAAGAAAAAAAUCACUGAGAAACUAUCAUUUUCUUGUCCAACAAAAAUUGGGUCUCAAAGCAUCAGUUCUUCAAUCAGCAGUGUAGCCACUGUGUUAUGGUGUGCCGGUUUGUUGCUUGUAGGAUUGUUUCCAACCGCUAUUACUGGAAUCACAGUCAAGGGACAUGAGAGAGAUCGCGAAGCACUGCUUGCCAUAAAGCAUCAGAGGAUCACCAAGUUGGACUUAAGCCAGCAACGGUUGGGAGGUACCUUAUCUCCCUAUGUAGGGAACCUCAGCUUCCUAAGGUUCAUCAACCUUCAGGACAACAAUUUCUAUGGUGUCAUCCCCACUGAAAUUGGUCGACUUUCGGGGCUUGAAAGUUUAAUUUUAAAAAACAAUUCCUUUGGAGGAACAAUUCCAGUCAAUUUGACCCAUUGUUCUAACCUCAUUCAGUUUAUUGCCAGCCGGAACAACCAUGUUGGGAAUAUCCCAGCUGAGCUUGGCAAUUUGUUGAAGCUCGAGAAACUGCACAUUGGUUACAACAAUCAAACAGGACAACUGCCGACUUCUCUUGGGAACGUUUCCACUCUUCAAGAAAUCUUCUUAACUGUGAACAACUUGCAGGGUGGAUUGCUUGAUGCGCCGCUAGGCCUUCUAAAGAGGUUAGUCUUGCUUCAGCUAGAUAUUAACAAUUUCUCUGGCUUGAUUCCUCCUUCAUUUUAUAACAUCUCAUCUCUUGAAGUCUUAACUCUAGGAGGCAAUCAACUCCAUAGAAGCCUCCCACUUAACUCAGAGUCAUUAUCCAAUGCUUCAAAGUUGGAAAGAUCUGAUGUUUCAGUGAAUCAUUUCAGUGGCAAACUUAAAAACCUGCACUUGAUAGCCUUCGAUGGAAAUGCUUUAACUGGGAGAAUCCCUACCUCUGUAGGAAAUCUUUCACUGCUAAACGUGAUUGGUUUAGAAGAUAACCUCUUAGAGGGUAGCAUACCUGCUGGGUUUGAAAAAUGUCAAAAUUUGAUGAUGAUGACAUUAAACUCCAAUAGGCUAACAGGUCCGGUUCCCAAAGAGAUAUGUAACAUAGAAACACUCUUAGUUUACCUAGAUCUGUCCAAUAACCUUCUAACAGGCUCCUUUCCUUUAGAAGUAGGGAACUUGAAAACUUUGGUACAACUAGAUAUAUCAGGAAACAAGUUCUCUGGUCAGAUUCCUCCUACUCUAAGUAGUUGUACAAGCUUGGAGACUCUUUUUUUGGGGAAAAAUCAGUUUUAUAGAAGUAUCCCAGCCUCUUUGAGCUCCUUGAGAAGCAUUGCUGAGCUGGAUCUGUCAAACAACAAUUUGUCUGGUCAAAUUCCAGUGUAUGUUGGGAAAUUAUCCUUCUUGAAAUGCUUGAAUCUCUCUCACAAUCACUUUGAAGGACAAGUGCCAACGAAAGGAGUUUUCAGUAAUGCAACAGCAAUUGCACUAACUGGUAAUGAUAGGCUUUGUGGGGGAAUUGCUGAAUUGCAUCUGCCAAUAUGCCACUUUAACGAGCCCAAGAAACAAAAAGGAACUGUUCCACUCAAACUAAUCUUGAUUGUUUGUGGGGUUCUUGGAAUUCUUUUCCUAUCAUCACUCAUUUUCUGUUGGUUGAGGAACAGAGGAGUAACAAAAGCAGAGCCUUCAUCGGCUUCCGCUUGGGAAAUUCAAUUUUGA